CUCCACCAUGUCCGCAGCAUCACCGCAACCGGCCUCCAAGCGCGGCUUUCUCGAGAAGCGUGGCGGGUCCAAGCUGGCCCGCAAGUGGAAGCGGAGGUGGUUUGUGCUCGAGGCCAACAAGGUGUACUACUUUAAGGAGCGCGGGGACUCGCUGGCCGAGGCCCUGGGCGCCAUUAACAUGAACAACGCCACCGACGUCCGCCCGCUAUCCAAGGUCUCAACCAAGCGCUUCCCGUUUGAGGUCGACACGCCGACCCGGGUGUGGCAGCUCUCAGCCGAGUCCGAGAUGGUGCGCAAGGCCUGGCUCGACGUCCUCUCGCAGUGUCUCCGAGGCUCGAUUUCCACCCCGUUCAACGUCACCCACGACGUGCAUGUCACCGUCCUCGACGGCAUUCUCGAGGGCCUUCCCGAUGAGUGGAAAGAGCUGCUCCGCGAGAGCGACUUUACCGAGGCCGAGAUGAAGAACAACACGACGGCCAUCCUGCAGGUCCUGCAGUUCCAGGCCGAGGGCCCACAGACAACCGGGGCCGGGGCCGCCAGCCGCGGGCGGCUUGCCCGUGACUCUAUUGCGCCAGGCGCGCUCGAUGAGCUCGCGCUCUCGCCGCCAGGGGGCGCCGACGCUGCCGACGCCGCGUCGGCGCGCCGGCUCACCGACAACGCGUCGCAGGCGGCAGCCAUUGUGGCGGCGUUCUCGGCCUUGCCGGAGCUUGACGGCUCGAUGGAAGUACUCGAGGCGCUGGUGGACGGCACAGACCCGGCGCCGCUCUUUGGCACGCUCGUCAAGAUUGGGGCCGGCGGCUUUGGUGAUGUGUACAAGGGCGUCCACAACGAGUCGCAGAGCGUGGUGGCCAUCAAGCAAAUCGAGCUCUCGGGCGAGAACGUGGACAUGCUUGGUCUGCAAAACGAGAUCGCCAUGAUGAAGGUGGUCGCACACCCGAACAUUGUCCGCUUUGCCGGCGCAUACCUCGAGGCCUCGUCCAUGCUCUGGAUCUGCAUGGAGUUUAUCGACGCCGGCGCCCUCACUGACGUCAUUGCCUACCGCGAGAUGUCCGAGGCUGAGAUUGCAUAUGUCUGUCGGCCGAUUCUCUGUGCGCUCGAGUUCCUCCACCAGUUCAAUGUCAUCCACCGCGACAUCAAGUCCGAGAACAUCUUGCUCUCGUCGGCAGGCGACAUCAAGCUCGCCGACUUUGGCUUUUCCACUCGCCUCGAUCCCAAGGACGGCAAAGGCCAGGCCGAGGGCCAGGUCGUCGGGACGCCAUACUGGAUGGCGCCCGAAAUCGUCCGCGGCCAGCCGUACGGCAUUCCGGUCGACGUCUGGUCGCUCGGCAUUGCCGCCAUCGAGAUGGCCGAUGCCGAGCCGCCGUACUGCGAGUUCCCGCCCAUGCGCGCUCUAUUCCUUAUCGCCACCCACGGCUCGCCCUCGCUCCAGGAGCCCGACCGCUGGUCCGAGGCCUUUCGCGACUUUCUCGCCCGCGCCCUCGAGGUCGACGCCUCGAACCGCGCCACCGCCACAAAGCUUCUCGAGCACUCGUUCAUUGGUCAGGCCUGCUCGCGCGCCGACUUUGUCGCUGCUCUUGACGAAGCUAAGAUUGUCCGUGCCCAGAUCGAAGCCGCCGAGGCCGAGGAGGCUGCUGCUGCCGCCACCGCUGCAUUGUGA